AUGGCAAAUCAAGAAAAAACUCAAGACGUACAAAGCAUUAUCUCCAUUGAUAAUAAGUACAACUCUCCAGACGGUGUUUCUUUUCAAGAUUCAGACCCAAUUAAGAAAAAGAAAUUCAGGUGGACUAUUGAUACUAGUGAACAUCCACCUCAAAUCUUCAACUACACUUUGUACUUGUCAAUCUUUGUUUUUGGUAUCUUAGGUGCCUCUAGAGGAUUGGAAGAAGGUAAUUCUGGUUCUAAUACUACGUUGAAAUCUUUCAAACACACCUUUGGGUUAGAUGAUGAAACCAAAAGUGCAGAUCAGCUUGCUAACAUCAAAUCAAAUAUCACCUCAUUUGUUUUAUUGGGAUCUAUUGGUGGUGCUAUUAUUGCUAUGAAAACCGUUGAUUUCUUUGGUAGAAUUAGAGCUUUACAAAUUGUGUGCAUUGUUUUGAUUGUGGGUGUUAUAACUCAGGUUACUUCUACUUCUAUUGGGCAAUUAUAUGCUGGUAAAAUCAUUGAAGGUUUAGCCGUGGGUCAUACUACAUCCAUUGGUCCAGUUUAUUUAAGUGAAGUUGCCCCAAGUCCAAUAAGAGGAUUAGCAACUUGUAUUUUUUCAGGUGCAGUUUAUUUUGGUAGUAUGAUUUCUUAUUUCACCAACUACGGUGUGGCAUUACAUGUUCCUGCAGAAAUUGACGGCCAUGUAAAUAAUAAACAAUGGCAAUACACUUUAAUUCCAAAGUUCAUCUUGAGUGGUUUGAUUUUUGUUUUAUCAUUUUUCUUGUGUGUUGAAUCUCCAAGAUGGUUGGUUAAAGUUAAUAAAGCUGAUAAAGCUGCUGAAAACUUGUCUAAAUUAAGACAUUUGUCACCAGAUCAUCCAUAUAUUCUUGCAGAAAUCAGUGAUAUCAAUGAACAACUUCUUGCUGAGAAAGAAGCAACAAAAAACUCAAAUAUAAUUUCCAAUUUUAAAGCAUUGGUUACAAACAAAUCGAUUGCUUAUAGAUUUUUUGCAAUUUCCGCAGCAUGUCAAGUUAUUGGUCAAUGGACAGGUGCCAAUGCAGUAACAAUUUAUGCUUCUGAAUUAUUUGGUCUUAUUGGAGUUACAGGUACAGGUACCUUAAAAAUGUCUGCAGUAUUAGGUGUUGUCAAGUUCUGUUCAGCUUAUUUAUCGGCAUUCUUUUUAAUUGAUGUUAUCGGUAGAAAGAGGUGUCUUUAUGUUGGUUUAAGUUUACAAAUGACAUGUAUUCUAUUCUAUGCUAUUUUCUUAACUAUUGUUCCCGAAGCUGCUGAAUCUGGAACUUCCUUAACUGGAUCUAAAUAUCGUGCUUCACAAGCUGCCCUUGCUUCAAUUUUCCUCAGUGGAACCGCUUGGACUAUGGGAUUCAAUUCAGUUCAAUAUUUAAUUGGUGCAGAAAUAUUUCCAUUAGGAAUUAGAUCGUUUGCACAAUCAUUGGUCAUGGUGUUACAUUUUGCCAAUCAAUAUGGUAAUUCAAAGGCAUUACCAAAAAUGAUGCUUGCCAUGCAUCCUUAUGGUGCAUUUUACUUUUUCGUUGGUGUCAUGGCAAUCGGUUUGGUUUAUGCCUUCUUUUUACCAGAAUUGAAGGGUCGUAGUUUGGAAUCUAUUGAAGAAGUGUUUGAAACAUUACCUUGGUACCAAUUAAGAAACUGUAAAAAAUUAGUACCUGACCAUUCCCAAAUCCAUAGAAUAAAGUAUGUUGGGGAUGAAAAGGGUAAUACUGAUUAUAACCACAUCAUGUAUAAUACUGAUACUGGAAAACCAACUGAUGAGUUUGUUGAAAAUAUCAUGGAUGACUCAAACGGAUCGCAUGUAAAUGUUCAUAACAAAGUUUAA